AUGGACGCCAUGGAUAUGGAAAAGGGCAAUCUGGAUCAUCCAGCAAUCGCCGACAUCCCGCCACUCCCUUCAGCUCGUGACAUCCUGAGACCACUCUCGCAGGACGGCAUUUUUCUAUCCAGCGGGGCGGUGGCGGCGCAAGCUCUGAAGCUGAUGCAGACGGAUAAGGCAUCCCCGUCUUCUCCGGAGACGAGUCCACCGCUGCACCUGGGGUCUGAUCAGCGUGACCAGAUUGGUGCAACUGUGCAGAAGUGCAGUGAGGUGGUGCAGCAGAUAUGCGAGAAGGAUGGUGAUGGCCUGUUUGAUGCCAAUGAAGAUGGGGAUGGCGUCUAG